AUGCGAGGCUUGCUGCGUUACGAUGUGACAAAUUACCGUAACAGAACCGUCGAGAACCAGCGAAAGGGAAGCACGCGCCACCCAACGCUCCCUCUGGACUCUCGAAUUCUGACUAUCCGUGUCUGUCUAUUCUUCUCUCCCCACCCCCCCUCCAUCCCGUCACAGCAGCCGCGUUACGCCCUUCGGAGAAAUCUAGGAGACGCCGAGGGUCUACUUUUCAUAAUCGAAUCGUUACCAACUGCGGGACUUCCGUCAUUCAUCCCAGGAUCGUCCCGUCUUCAACCCCCGACCAACACCCAUCCAACCACUUACAUCCAGUGUGGUGUCUAG